AUGCACUUCGGAUUAGCGGAUGCAUCGCUGUGGAUAGUGGUGAUUGCGGUGCGACUGCAGCUUUGCUCGUGCUCGAAGUACACCUGCACGAUCGGCACGGACGGGUUCUGCAUUUUUCAGGGUGUGCACAUCGAGAGCCUGGAACAGGCGCAGGACGCACAGCUAGAACCCCCGGCGGCUGCCGCGGACGUGACACGGGUUAAGUUUCGGGACUCGAGCAUGUACCAGCUGCCCCUCGGGCUUUAUGGUGCGUUCCAUCACCUACAGGAACUGCGCGUUUGGUGGAUGCAUCUGCACAGUAUUCACGUCGAUGCACGUCUGCUGACGCUAGAUGCAGAGAAGAAUCGCAUCAGCAGCAUUACGGCCGACUCUGGCACGGUACCGCAGCUGCGUAAGCUCGAGCUCAACCAGAAUCGGCUGCGCAACAUCGACAACAUCUCGGUGUUCGAACAUCUGGAGGUGCUCGAGCUCGCGCAUAAUGAUCUCCGCACGCUGGAUCUGUGCGUGUUUCAGCGGAUGUCGAAGUUGCGCUUGCUCGAUCUGUCCAGCAACAACAUCGGGCUGGUGCACAGCUCAAUCGGCCAACAGAAGCUAGCGGCGUUGACAGUAUUAUACCUGAAUGACAACCGACUCACGUACCUGGACCUAGGCAUUCUGCGAUCGUUUCCCGCACUCGAAAAGGUGCAUCUUGCGAACAAUGCACUCGUGUACGUUGAUCAUGACUCCCUACCGACGAUGUUGCCUCGACUACGCAUCUUCCACCUGCAAACCAACGACUGGCACUGUGAGGCGCUGUCGGAGUUGAUCGCUCAGCUGCGCAAGACAGGUGUGCAGGACUUCAAGACGUUCAGUGCAUUCAACUGCAAGGAUCGCACGAUCGAGGGUGUUUGCUGCACCGAAAACAAGCCGUUCGCUCUCGUGCGUAAGUCCAACCAGUACUUCGCGAAUUACGCCAACGAGCUGAACGGUCACACGCGCCACCUGAUGCGUGAGCUUCAACACACACGCCACGAGAUGGCGCGCAUCGCCACCAAUGACAACUUCACGCAGAGUUCGCUGCAGAACCUCGGAGAUGAGGUGGAGGAGCUGCGCAAUCAACUAACGGAUGUGAUGGCCUCGACGGAUCCGGUGACCAGUCGUCCGGGAGGACCCAACCGUACUCCGCCAACAAAUGGGGCAGGUGGUGUCCUUGAUCCGGAACGACUAACUGCGGAGGUGGCGAAGUUGCGACGUGAUUUCCAGAAGGUGAACGGUGAGAACCAGACGCUUCGUCAGCAGUUGCGUCAGUACGACAAGAUGCGCCAGGAACUGGACGCACUGCGCACGGACACGAACGAGACAAAGCUGUCCUUCCAGCUCAUGAAGGAGGAGAACGCGCAACUUCGGCAGGAUCUCAGUCGGCUGGAGCAGAAGUACCAGCAGCUAUUCAGUCGAGGCGCGGUCGCCUGA